AACACCGCGUAGUUGGUUUUAGUGGGAUUAGAGUUGGCAGUUGUCUGUCCUGUAGUUCUACGAUAUCUAGCCUGUGUUUGUGGUGAUGUGUCGGAAUCGUCAUAUGCGUUAUAGUGUCAGUUAUUGUGAAAUGCACUGCUAUCAGUUGGCUACAUAUAAAGCAUUCACGUCCUCAGUUGUGUUUUCCAACCUGGUGUGUAUAUGAGCGGCGUUGCCGACGAGAGAAAUCCCGUGCUGGAUUGUUGCGGAGGGCUGAAUAACGUGGAUUACAGUAAGGUGGACAUAUUAAAUAUGGAGGUUCUCAGGUACAUAGACGUCUGUGACCCCAGGUUCUGUGUUGCUGUCAUCGCCAUCAUCUUCAACCCUUUCUUCUGGAACGUGGUGGCACGUUGGGAGCAUCGGACACGAGGUCUGACCAGACUGUUUGGGGGUCCCUACCUGGCCUGCUACAGCCUCGCCACCCUCAUCCUCUUGCUUAAUGUCUAUCGCAGUCACAGUAUGACUGUAGCGAUGAAGGCCCAGGCGAGGUGGGAGGUGAUGGCCAGCCCAGAGGUGUUCUACGCGGGAGUAGCUCUCAUGACCUUAGGCUCUGUCUUGGUGGUCACCAGCUUUCUGGCUCUCGGAAUCACUGGCACUUUCCUGGACCUCUCCAUAGUCAUUGAGCAGCAGCCGAAGACACCGCCUGCCAAUCAAUACUUCCUAACCACCGGAAAGAGGGUGAAAAGCGGCGACUACUUUGGGAUCCUGAUGAAGGAGAAGGUGACCGGUUUCCCCUUUAAUGUGACUGAGAAUCCUAUGUACUGGGGCAGUACUGCCAACUACCUUGGGCUUGCACUCAUGAAUGCCAGUCCUGUGGGCUUGGUGCUGACAGCAGUGGUAGCCCUCUCAUACAAAGUGGCCAUUUUCUUUGAGGGACCUUUCACCGAGGACAUCUAUCGACAGAGAGCACAGUGCUGCAAGCACAAAUGAAGACAAGGCAGGACGGACUGUGUUUGUCCAUGGAUCACACCUACUGUCCAGACACUGGCAGACUGGUCCUUUGACCACCCCAGCCUGUGGGUGUCAAGGGAGUGGGAUCAACACAGAGGAUGGGGAGGUUGUCUUUGUAGAUGAAGUUCACUGUCUUCCACUUGGCGUGAGAUAUUCCAAUUCUCUUUUGGAAACAUUGACUCUUGCUUGUAGUAUUCUAAUAGCAAAUGCAAGAGUUGGAUCAAUCAGCUUUUAAAGGGACCAAUAAAUGCUUUGUAGUUUUAGUUACCUAGUGUGUAUUCAUUAUCUCAGUAGCAAUUGACAAUCAUUCCACAAUGUCUCCUGCCUGGCUGUGUUUUCAAAUAUCUUAGCUUCUAUGUAUCAUAAUAAAACUGCCAUUACUGAUCCAA